CGCAGCUGCGUGAUCAACAUGUGAUUAAAGGACCUCAAACAGCACGCUGUCAGUGGACAUGUGUCAGUAUUUCUGAGAAGUUUCAGGAUGUUCCGCGGUUUCUUUGUGCAGACACUUAGUUUUGUUGGUUACUCUGUCCAAUAUGGCUGCAUCGCUCACUGUGCCUUUGAGUAUAUUGGUGAAUUUGUGUCGUGCAUAGGACCUUCCAUGGAACCAACCAUCAUUAACCAUGAUGUGGUUUUCUCAGAGCGAAUAAGCCGUCACCUCUGUCGAAUACAAAAAGGUGAUAUUAUAAUAGCCAAAAGCCCCUUUGAUCCAAAGAUGAACAUUUGUAAAAGAGUGAUCGGACUAGAGGGGGACAAAGUCUGCACCAGUGGACCAUCUGACAUCUUUAAAACACACAGUUACGUACCAAGAGGGCAUAUAUGGCUUGAAGGCGACAACCUUCGGAAUUCUACAGAUUCCCGAAGCUAUGGCCCAAUUCCCUACGCCUUGAUUCGAGGACGUGUUUGCUUAAAGGUAAUGAGGAUACAGUCCCAUUGCUUGAUCUAUACGCUUCCCCUGAGGCUGAACAACAAGCUUCUUAAGUUUGCCCUUUUAUGUAUAGACUGUUUUGCAUAUAACGUAGUAAUCAAAUGGUCCUUUUUGAAAUUUUCCUCUUUAAAAUCACAAAUAAGUUAAAAUUAGUUCAAACUAUGGACAACCAUAAGUAGCUGUAGACCUGGGUGCCGUCUUCAUUUAGAACUGUUUUCAGCUGUCAUCUCAUAUAGCGUCAUGUGCCCACGACCCGAAAAAGGUCCCCUCGUCUUCUGUCAACCUCUGAUUGGAAAGUUAGAGGCAGGUGACACAGGGGUGUGGGGGUCUUACAUGAAAAAGAUUAAUUUUCUCCACUUUUAUAAUUUAUUUGAAAAUUUAAAAUUCAUUAUAAAAGUAAAAUUCAAAGUUAAUUCUACAAUUAUUAGAUAAUUAUUAUAAAGUGUUAGAAUAUAUAAUGUAUUUAAAAUAAAAUUGAUGAAAAAGGAGUUGAUGUCGUUUUUUUCCCCCUUUUCUUUAUUUUGCAGUUGUGGCCACUGCAUAGUUUUGGCUUAUUGGCAGAAAGUCCUAAUGAUGGGCGCAUUUUAUGAAGAAACUGUCUUAUGUAUUGCUGGAUUGUAAAUGCUGUUUUUAC